AUGCACCGUUUGCUGCAUUCGCGAGGUCGCAGAGUACUCAAACUCUUUAUCGUAAGUGCUCACGCACCUAUGGAGACCGCAAAGGAUCACAAAAAGGAGGCGUUUUAUGAUGAUAUCAAUACUUUGGUAUCGAAGACACCAAGUCAGCAGGCGGUAAUUGUCGGAAUUGAUGCGAAUGCAAAGAUGGGAAUUGAACAACAAUCCGAUGUGCUUGGUCAAGGUCAAGCGUGA